AUGGCGGAACAUCUGUCAGUAACUGAAUUAGAAAAGGAAGCAAAAAAAUUAAAAAGAGAAUUAGAAGCUUGGAGGGAUAUUAUUCUUCCGAUAGAUUCUAUAUUAUCAUGGGAAAAAAACUCCUACAUAGGAAUCAUAGUUGCAACAACUUCUGUGGGCUUCUUUCUAUUGUGGCUCAUGAAUCUUAGUAUAUUAUCAAUAAUAGCUCGAUUUGGGAUUUUAAUAACAAUUGUAGAUUAUUUUGUUCCGACAAUUGCUGAAAGUGCAAGGAGACCAGAAAGGUGGACAUCGGCCAAAGAAAGAAAACUUGAAUCGAUAUGUAGAUCAUUGGCAUCAUACAAAUUAUUUUUGAUUAAAUUAAUUAAAUCUUUUUACAAAUUAAAAAUGGAACAUCCCAAAUUUGUAAUAUUACAUAAUUGUUAUUUUAAGUCUGAUGCUUCUCUCUUGGAUUGGAAAUAA